CAACGCGAGAAGAGAAAAGCCAAUAUGGCGCAGGCAUAUUGUAAUGAUGCAGUAAUUGUUUAUCAUAAAUACUGCCACUAGAUGGAUGAAUAGUUUCAGAUGCUUAGUUUUCCUCGGCCAAAAUGGAAAAAGAAGAGACAGCGUUGGCUUUAAUCAGAUAUUAUUGCAAUGAAAAAUAUUUCAACCAUGCCGUCAAUGCUGCUGCAGCAGCUCUGAUAAAGUUCAGAGGUGACCCUGUCCUCACUUUCUACCAUGGAUAUGGCACUUUAAUGCAAGAUUUAAUUCAAGAAGCAACAAUAGAGUUGGAGACCUUAAAAGAUGUAGGAGAUGUUUCUCUCUGCACGCUAAUGGCGCUGGUGUAUGCUGAGAAGAAAAAGACAAAACCGGACAGAGACGUUGUUCAAGAACUUGAAGCUAAAAUCAAAGAGGAUCGCAAAAGUGCAUCUGCCCAGAGUCUUUAUCAUGCUGGUAUGUUCCUCUGGCUAUUAGGCCGAAAUGAUAAAGCAAGGGAAUACACUGAGCGAAUGAUCAAACUUUCCAAUGGUUCCAAAGAGGGCAUAAUCCUGAAAGGAUGGAUAGAUGUGACAUGUGGUAAAGAAGCAUAUGCCAGAAAGGCUGGAAAAUACUUUGAUGAAGGGCUGAAAGAUGGACUUGAUGCUUUUGCUCUGAUGGGAAAGGCCCAAUACUAUGAAUAUCGACAGAACUACUCUGGUGCGUUAGAUGCGAUAAACAAAGUCAUUGCCAGUUUCCCUGGGUUCUUGCCUGCUCUUAUUAAAAAGAUGAAGCUUUUUUUAAAUCUCCAAGACUGGGAACAAACAACAGAGGCAGCAUUCAGACUAUUACAAAUGGAUAGAAAUAACCUGGACGCACUACAGACGCUAACUCUGCAUUCUUUAUGUAAAAAUGGAGAUAUUGCAGAGUCAACAAAACAUCUUUCCAACCUCAUCAGCAGUCUGGAUAUGCUGGAACCACGCAACCCCGAGCUUUCCUAUAGACUAUCUCUAGCAAUCACCCGAGUUUGUGGCCGAGACGAGAAAGUGCUGGAGCUGGUGUUCAAGAUGGUGGAAAAAGCCUACUGCAGGACAGAGGGGAACUCUGAUUUGGCCACAGAGUUGGGCUACCUUAUGAUUCUUCAGGGUAAAGUUAAAGAGGCUAUAAAAUGGUACAAGACAGCCAUGACUUUAGAUGAAACAAGCCUUCCUGCACUUACUGGUAUAAUUCGUUGUCAGCUGAUAGAGGGCCGUCUUGAAGAUGCAGAUCAACAACUUGAAUUUCUCACAGAAAUUCAGCAGUCCGUAGGAAAAUCAGGGGACCUCUUCUACCUGCGUGCACUUGUAGCAAUUAAAAAGUGCCACCCCCAAGAAGAGGUAACCAAGCUCCUGAACAACGCUGUGGAAACCCACUUCUCAACUCUCCAGAGUCUCCCUCUGGGUGCGGAGUACUUUCAGAAGCUGAACCCUGACUUCCUCUUACAGAUUGUCAAGGAGUAUCUUGCUCUGUGUCCCACUAAGCCUCCAACUCAGGGUCAGUCUCCUGCUCCUCAGCUAAGGCACUGUGCUGCAUUGUUAGAUACAAUAGUCAAAAUUGUGCCAGGUCUCCUUCAAGGGGUCUUUCUCCAAGCCAAAGUCAGAUAUCAGUCUGGUGAUGUGGACGCGGCUCAGAGCAGUUUAAAUCACUGCCUUGAACAGUGUCCCUCUCACACGGACUCGCAUCUGCUCAUGGCACAGAUACACUUAUUGCGAGGUAGCUUCACUCUUUGUUCCCAGUCGCUGGAGCUCUGCCUGAGCCAUAACUUUGAGAUUCGAGAGCAUCCCUUGUAUCUUCUGAUCAAAGCUCAGGCAAAGAAAAAAAUGGGUGAGCUGACGGAGGCUAUUCAGAUUUUGCAAAUGGCAAUGAGUCUUCCUGGGAUCUGCAGGGCUGCAUCAGCUAAGUCCAAAAACAAAAAGAUCGAAGUCAGUUCUGCAGACCGCGUCUCUGUCUUCUUGGAGUUAGCUGAGGGCUUGUGGCUCAAUGGAGAACAGCAUGAAGCAGCCAAGGUAAUGCAGGACGCCAUUAAUGAGUUCUCGGGCACGCCCGAAGAACUCCGUGUCACUAUUGCCAAUGCGGAUCUGGCUUUGUUACGAGGUGACACAGAGUUGGCCCUGAGCAUGCUCAGAAACAUCACACCUGAGCAGCUCUACUACAUCCAAGCAAAGGAGAAAAUGGCCGACAUCUACCUGAAUCACAAAAAGGAUAAGCGACUGUAUGUAAGCUGUUAUAGGGAAAUGAUGGACAAGCUACCUGGUUCUCAAACUUACAUCUUACUAGGGGACGCUUACAUGCACAUUUUAGAGCCGGAAAAGGCCAUCGAAGUCUAUGAGCACGCUCUGGAGAAAACCCCCAAAGAUGGCGCUCUUGCCAGUAAGUUUGGGAAAGCCUUGGUCAAGACUCAUUAUUAUGCCAAGGCAAUACAUUACUACGAGGCUGCGCUGAAGUCUGAGCAACAGAGCUUCCUACGUUACGACCUGGCUGAGCUGCUGAUGAAGAUGAAGCAAUAUGAGCGCUGCGAGAGACUUCUGCUUGAAUCUCUCUCCUGUGAACCAGCAAAUGAACUGACAGCCCUCUCAGAUGACUGCCGCUAUUUAAUGCUGUUGGCAAAGGUCCAAAACAAGGUUGACAAAACAGACGAAGCCUUAACAUCCUUGCAAAGGGCCCGCGAUGUACAAUCCAAGGUGUUAAAACGGGUGGAACUGGAGGAGCCUGAUGCCAUCCCCAUGCAGAAGCAGCUCGCUGCCAAGAUCUGCGCUGAGAUAGCUCAACACUACACAAGGCAGAGGGGCUACGAGAGAGCAAUCAAAUUCUACAAAGAAGCUCUUGUUUACUGUGAGACGGAUCACAAGGUGAUGCUGGAGUUGGCACAGAUUUUCCUCACAAUAGAUGAGGUUGAUUCAUGCCAGGAACAAUGCAGUAUAAUCUUGAAGAACGACCAAUUUAAUGAAGAUGCAACUCUGAUGAUGGCUGACCUCAUGUUCAGGAGACAAGACUAUGAGCAGGCUGUUUUCCGCUAUCAACAACUGUUGGAGCGUAAACCAGACAACUACCCAACUCUGUCGCGUCUCAUUGACUUGUUGAGGAGGGCGGGAAAGUUGGAAGACGUGCCCAAGUUUUUUGAUAGGGCAGAAAAACAUUCUUCUCGAGCUAAGUUUGACCCUGGAUUUAACUACUGCAAAGGACUUUAUCUUUGGUACACAGGAGAACCUAAUGCUGCUCUGCGCCACUUCAACCAGGCACGGAAAGACAAUGAUUGGGGUCAAAACGCAAUUUAUAACAUGAUUGAAAUCUACCUGAAUCCUGACAGUGACACUAUGGGAGGAGAAUUGUUUGAGAAUUUAGAUGGUGAAAUUGGGAACUCUACAGAAAAGCAGGAGACUGAGCAAGUUGCAGUGAGAACAGCUGAAAGGCUUGUAAAGGAGAUAAAGCCGCAGACCCCCAGUGGACAUGUACAGCUUCGUAUCUUGGAGAACUACUGCUUGCUGGCCACUAAACAGAAAGCCAAUAUAGAAAAAGCUCUUGCUGUUUUCACUGAGUUUGCAACCAAUGAGAAAGACCACGUGCCAGCACUGUUAGCCAUGGCCACUGCAUACAUGAUGCUGAAACAAACUCCCCGAGCCAGGAACCAACUGAAACGUAUUGCUAAGAUGGCGUGGAAUAUCGUCGAUGCUGACGAGUUUGAGAAGAGUUGGCUGCUUCUGGCGGAUAUCUACAUACAUUCGGGGAAGUACGACUUAGCAGAUGACCUUUUGAAGAGAUGCCUCAACCAUAACAAGUCAUGCUGUAAAGCUUAUGAGUAUCGGGGCUUCAUAAUGGAAAAAGAGCAGGCAUUCAGAGAUGCAGCAUUCAACUAUGAACUUGCCUGGAAAUAUGGAAAUCAGUCCAACCCAACAAUUGGAUACAAGCUGGCAUUCAACUACUUAAAAGCAAAGCGGCAUUUUGACGCCAUCGAUGUUUGCCACAAGGUACUUGCUGCUCAUCCAAAUUACCCAAAGAUGAGAAAAGACAUUUUGGAUAAAGCUCGGGCUGCUCUAAGACCAUAAGAUCUUGUCUUCCCGUUAAAUGGUGCAGAAAUGAUAUGAACACAAACACUUUGAUUCAAGGUUUUGUCAAUAUUUUCUUGAAAUUAGUCCACACAAUUCACACUGGAGCUUAAAUAGACGCACCUGAUCAAAUGUCAUUAUUUUUAGAUUAAAAAAUGACACCAAAAUAAAUCUUUUUAGAAUUUAGUUUUUCAAUGCGGCCCCAACCAAUACCGCGUCGCCCAUCGGCACUUCUCGGCAGUCUCCUGCUUCCACCUUCCCACCUGUUUUCUGCCUGGGCGUCCUCCCUGCACUCCAGCGCGGGUCGCUGACUGGGUGCCGAUGGGUCGGCUGGGUAUUGCCUGCUCCGGGUGGGUAUCCUGCCCUGCCCUGGCAGGCCGCUGGGGGUCCCGCAGUGUGCCGCGAAAGGUGGGCUGCGCUGGCUCGUCCAAACCCCCCCCACGAUGGGCUGGGGAAGUGCAGCAGCCCUGGGGCAGCUCCCGCCGUCAUUUCCAAUCGUCUGCAGGACUGUCACAUGUCUGAUGGGAUUCAUGCAUGACUAGGUGUAAUUAGACACACUCAAGUAGUAAAACUCGGUGUCAGGAUUAGUGAUCAGAUAGCAUUGAAUAGGAUACCAGCAUACUAAGACUUACAAGGGAUGCACACAGAUACUGUGAUCUACACCUCACAUAGCUGAUUUGUGUACACUCUAUCCCUUCCAAAUACUUAUCUUUCUGACUCCCCCUCUUCUUUUUUCCUUGGUCAUCAGGCCCCGCACAUGGUGUUAACUGGAAAUAUACAGUGGGGAGAACAAGUAUUUCAUACACUGCCAAUGGGUUUUCCCAUUGGCAGUGUAUCAAAAACUUGUUCUCCCCACUGUAACUGGCCAACGAUAGCACCAACAUAUUCAUAGUUAGUGUAGGCGUUCAAUGUAUUUCUUGUUGUUGUCUGUACUUUUUCUGUCUCUCUCUCCUUAUUUUAUUCUUUGUCCCCCAUUCACGCCUUCCUGUUUGCUGCUUUCUACUAAUAAACAAGGCAUGUUGAAUGAUCACAAUGGGAGUAAGUCAUACUCACAUGUGAUACAUUUAAACUGUUCAAACCAGUCGAACACUAAGAUUUCCAUUCUCUGUUCAAGCACCUGAACAGGACAGGUUAAAUAAAUAAAUAAAUAAAAAACAAUGUGGCCCCAACUGAAGAAAAUCAGGUCCAACGCAAUCGCACUAUAGAGUAGAGUUCACUGGUUUCAUUGGACCUGAACAAAAUAUGUCAGGCAUGUGGGAAAAAGAGUUCAUUUCCAGGUGUGUACUCUCUCAGUCACAUAAAUAGUAGGGCUGUCAAACGAUUAAAAUUUUUAAUCGAGUUAAUUACAGCUUAAAAAUUAAUUAAUCGUAAUUAAUCGCAAUUCAAACCAUCUAUAAAAUAUGGCAUAUUUUUCUAUAAAUUAUAUAUAUAUUCUGUAAAAUAAAUUGUUGGAAUGGAAAGAUAAGACACAAGAUGGAUAUAUACAUUCAACAUACGGCACAUAAGGACUGUAGAGGGCAUUUCACUCUACUGUCAUUUAAAUCUGUCUAUGCUGUCCUCACUCCGAAGCGUCUACUUUUUCCAAAGCUAGACAGCUAGUGAACGACGCCUUAAUAAUCAGACUUCUACCUUUUUCAUCUGAUUUAUAAAUAAAAUGGCCUCAAACCAUUGUCCUCUUUAGACCGUCAUAAAAGUACAAAAAAAAAAGUACACAAGCAUUGCAUUAGCAACAACGUUAGCUUAGCACACUAUACAGGUUCACUAAACAUAAAAAAAAAAAAAAAGCGUCUCA